AAGGAGGAACUAUGGCGGAUGAUAAGGAUCCCCUGAGCAAAUUGAAGGAUCUGGCACAACUCAAAGAUCAACUCACAGAUAUUCAGAAAAGAGUGGAGAAUGAAGUGCAGGCUGGGAUACCACAGGGUGGCUCACUGUUAGCCUCUCCGUUCCUGAAGGGCUUCCUGGCUGGCUAUGUGGUGUCCAAACUACGUGCCUCAGCUGUUUUGGGGGUCGCUUUGGGAACCCUUACAGGCAUCUACGCUGCACAGACCUAUCAGGUGCCAAACAUUGAGAGGACCAUAAAGGACUAUCUGAACUCCUUGAAGAAAGGUCCUAAUAAUUAAC